AUGGAAUUAAAGUCACAAGAUAAUCGAAGAUCACCUCAAAAGGUUUCUUUCAGUGUCUUUUAUCUUCUUCACAAGAUCUUAAAGUAUAAUUUACUUGUUGCAGCUGCUGAUCCAGAAGCACUUGCAUCACACAAGAAGAGAGCACCUCAUAAAAUAAACUUUGGAAUUCUACAGCCAAAUUCUUCUGUUAUUUUUGAAAAAAGUGAAGGCUCCUUCUUAGUACUUACUGGCAAAGCAAAGACCCGUUCCUCCAAUACCAACCUCUUUUCCACGGAUUGGGACUUCCAGAAAAUGGGUAUUGGUGGUUUGGAUGAAGAGUUUGUACACAUCUUGCGGAGAGCUUUUGCUUCCCGAGUUUUCCCACCAGAGGUGACGGAGCAGCUGGGUAUUGCUCACGUGAAAGGACUUCUUCUCUUUGGACCACCAGGGACUGGCAAGACACUAAUGGCCCGUCAGAUAGGAAAGAUGCUCAACGCUCGAGAACCUAAAAUUGUUAAUGGUCCUGAGAUAUUAGACAAGUAUGUGGGAGAGUCAGAGGCCAAUAUUCGUCGCUUGUUCGCUGAGGCAGAAGAAGAAGAAAAAAAGAUGGGUCCUAAUUCUGGUUUGCACAUUAUCAUUUUUGAUGAGAUAGAUGCAAUCUGUAAACAAAGAGGUUCUGUAGCUGGCAAUACUGGUGUGAAUGACACAGUUGUUAACCAGCUGUUAUCUAAGAUUGAUGGAGUGGAACAGUUGAACAAUAUCUUGGUGAUUGGCAUGACUAACAGGAAAGAUAUGAUGGAUGAAGCGUUGCUUAGACCCGGCAGACUAGAAAUUCAAGUAGAGAUUGGCCUUCCAGAUGAAAAAGGUCGUUUUGACAUUCUCAAAAUUAAAACAUCAAAAAUGAAAGAGAAUAACAAACUUGACCAGGAUGUAGAUCUUGAAGAAAUUGCAUCUCUUACCAAGAACUUUUCUGGUGCUGAACUUGAGGGCCUUGUGAAAGCAGCUUCUUCAUCUGCACUGAAGAGAUAUAUUCACUUAGGAAAUAAAAUUGAAGUUGAUCCUGAUGCAAUUGACAAGCUUAAGGUAACAAGAAGUGAUUUUAUUUAUUCUCUUGAAAAUGAUAUAAAGCCAUCACUAGGUAUGAAUGAUGAAGCACUCUCCAAGUUUAUCGAGAGAGGAAUUAUUAACUGGGGACCGACUAGAGAGUUGGUUGAAAAGGGAUUGAUGUUUGUCAAGCAAGCACGCUCCCCAGAAACAAGCAGUCGUCUCUGUUUAUUGCUUGAGGGAGCACCAACAGCAGGAACAUCAGCACUAGCAGCGUACUUAGCAAAGAACUCUGAUUUUCCCUUCAUCAAAGUUAUUAAUUCUCGUGAAAUGGUUGGAUUUAUGGAAUCUUCCAAGUGUUUCCGUAUUAAUAAGAUAUUUGAUGACGCUUAUCGCUCAGAACUGAGCUGCAUUUUCAUGAAUGAUCUGGAGCACUUGAUGGGCUACUCUCCCAUUGGUCCCCGCUACCAGUCCCUGGUUCUUGACGCUAUGUAUUCUCUUCUGUCCUCAUCACCGCCAUCAGGCCGGAAACUCCUAGUCAUUUGUACGACAAAGCGAAGGUCUGUUUUAGCAGAGUUGGGUCUUCUCUCAGCCUUCACUGCUGUUAUAAGAGUUCCAUAUAUUGCACACCAAAAGGAUAUCAGACUUGUUCUGGAGGAGUCACAGGCUUUAUCUCCUGAAGAG